AUGGAAAAGUAUAAAAGAUGCAGAAGAGAGAGUUAUUUGGCAACUGCAGUAGCAGAAAACAAAAAUCAAGGGCAAGAAAUACUCUCACACUCAGAUUUUUCCAUGAUGGAUCUUCCUUCCCCCAUCGUUGUGGACAUUCUAUCCAGGCUUCCAACUCGAACCCUCUUAAACUGCAGGUGCAUUUGCAAAACCUGGUUCAACCUACUCUUGGACCCUUAUUUCAAUAGCGUUCGGCUUGCAAAAAUGCCCUACAUCAAAAUUAUCAUUCUUUCGCAGAACUAUGGUUUCUACUUAAUUGAACUUGCACAUCAAACUAACUACAUUGGUCAGCGUAUGUGUUUCCGAAAUACAAAAACAUCUUACCCCGAGCUAGAACUGGUGGGUUGUUGCAAUGGUUUGCUAUGUUUCUCGAAUGGACACCCUAAUGACAAUUUUUACAUCAGCAAUCCAAUUUUGGGAGAAUAUAUUGCCCUUCCAAAUCCCAAACCAAGGAAAGAACUUGAUUGUGUGGCAUAUGGGUUUGGAUUUAGUUCUGCCACCAACCAGUAUAAGGUUGUCAGAAUUGUGAGUAAAACCUGUGAAAUCACUCAAAAAUCAGAGACUGUCUCUCAGGUUUGUACUCUUGGAGCUGGUACAUGGAGAAAUGUGGGUGAAGGUUUCUUCCCCGUUUCCGGAAAACGGUGUGGUGUUAUUCUGAAUGGGGUUCUUAAUUGGAUUGUAGGCUUUUUAGUUGAUCGUAAAAAAAUUUAUUCUAUAUAUUCCUUUGAUAUUGAGGAUGAACAAUUCCGCCCAAUUCCACUGCCUCUAGAUAUUCGAAAUAAAAGAAAUUUUGUUAGUUUGGGAGUGUUGGGGAACUGUCUCUGUGUAUUUGAUAAUAGGGGGAGCCAAUCUCUUGAUAUAUGGUCGAUGAAAGAUUAUGCAGUUGCUACGUCUUGGACUAAAGACUGCAUUUUGAGAAACACACUCGAGUAG